UUAAGCCAUGGGCAGGAGCACCUUGCAGGCUGCUCGAGAGCCCUGGCCCCGUUUAGAGCUGAUGUGGAGCUGUGCUCCAUGGCACCAUCUCCCACUGCCCCGGACUGAUGUCUGCUCCUGCUCCCGUCCGGGGAGGGACGAUCGUGCCUUACAGCAGCAGAUGAAGCUUCUAGACUCUCAGCCUCCAAAAAACCAGCGGAAAUCUCAUUAGCAGCGCUCAUUUCUGCGCACCGGGCUCCGCGCUGCCGUUCUCCCGCAGCCCCGGGGUUCCGCCUGCUGUCCCCGCUGCCCCCGCCCCGCUCCCGCAGCAACAGGUGGGGCCGGCCGGGAUCCGAACCGGCACCGAACCGGCACGGCAGCCACAGCCCGAGCGAAGCGGAGCCGCUUCCCUCAGCCAUGGGAGAGCCCUUGCAGGGGCGCCCAGGAGCCGUCCUGCUGCCCCGGGGAGCUGCCAGCAGCCACGCUGAGCUGCCUGCCUGCAAGAUGACCCUCACCACCACCAGCAGCACCAGCAGCACGCCGGCGCCCAGCGUGGCCCAGGCUUUCUUCUGCCUCCUGCUCUGCAUCCCCUGGGGCAGCUCCUGCCCGCCCAGCUGCCAGUGCACGGAGCGGGCGGGGGCCAAGGCCGUCCUCUGCAGCUCCCAGCGCCUGGAGGAGAUCCCCAAGGACAUCCCCAGAGACGUGGUGCUCCUCAAGCUGGACGCCAACAGCAUCACCAGGAUCCCCAGCAACGCCUUCAGGCACCUCUCCCACCUGCAGGAGAUCGACCUCUCCGGGAACGCCAUCGAGAAGAUCGACAGGGCGGCUUUCAGAGGGGUGGCAGCCGGGCUGAGGAGCCUCGACCUGUCCGGCAACCGCAUCCGCAGCAUCCCCAAGGAGGCCCUGCUGGCCCUCAAGGCCGAGCUGCGGCUGGCCGACAACCCCUGGCACUGCGAGUGCGGCCUGCAGGAGCUGCUGUGGGAGGCGCGCCUGGACCCGGCCUCGCUGCGGGACGUCACCUGCCACACGGCCCCGCGGCAGGAGUACGUGGGCAAGCCGCUGCUCCAGGUGCUGGACGCCGGCGCCAACUUCUGUGGCGCGCGCCCGAGGAGCACGGACGUGGCCGUGCUGGUCACCAUGUUCGGCUGGCUCGCCAUGGUGGUGGGCUACGUCGUGUGCUACGUGCGGCACAACCGGGAGCGCUCCCGCGGGCACCGGGAGCGGCUGGGCACGCUGCCGGGCGCCCAGGCCCGUGUGGAGAGCACCAGCACCGCCCUGUAGAGCGGGGCUGGGGCCGGCUUCAGGCUUCUUCCUCACGGGGAGCCCCUGGCAGCUGGUGGGCAUCAAGGCUUCUCGGCGGGAUUCUGCAGUGCUUUCUUUGGCUGAGUGCCACCAGCCCCCCUCCCCAGUGACACUGGAGGGAGUGUGGGCAAACGACAUGGGGGAGGGAUCCAGGGACACCCCGUGUGGGCCUGUCCAUGCUGACCAGGGACUUGGACAUAAUACUUGGCCCCCAGGUUGUGGGGACACGCAGCCCCAGCCAGAGCUGGGCUUGCAGGGAAUGCAGCCCCAGUCGCGCGCUUGUGGCUGGGAGAGAACGAGUCCCUGGCAGGGAGAGAUGGGCUCUGGGGCCAGGCGGUCCCUGGGGUGCAGAGGGGUCACCCCAUCCUGGCUCCAGUGAGGCAUCAGCCUUGCCAAGGGCAGGACAGCUUCCCCAAGGCCCUCACUACCAGGGGAGCUCCAAAAUCUCUGAUUUCUUCAAUAAAGCCUUGCACUUAGGAAAAGCCCUCAGGGUUUGUGCUGUGCUGGGACAUGAGUAGCCAGGGGGAUGAGUGGCCAGGGAGGGUGGUGGUGCUCGUGGUGCUUGGGGGGCUUAUCCUAAUUCAAUUUCUACCAAAGCAGAGCAGCCUGAAUUCAAUGUACCAGCACAACUUCCAUUAGGUGCCACCCCCUCCCACCCUCAGCUGAAUCUCAGGCAGGGACCGGUGGCCAAAUACAUCUGGUCUUGCCUUAUCUUGCCCUUCCUGGGGGCUGAAUUAGGGUUGUUGCUCACAGCUCAUUGAUGGAAGCAAAUCAAAUUCUCCCUUUUCUCACAAGGGAGAAAUGGCCCUUCUUGGCAGAGCCAGCUGCACUGAAGAGGGAG